GUCUUUAAGUGACGUUCUAAUGUCAGUGUGUCCGUUUUUUUUUUUUUUUUUCCUUUUGUUUAUUCAUUCAUUUACUUACUUACAGAAAUAUGAGUACCAGAUGUUGUUUGAUAUUUCAUAAGUUUGUAGAUACAUGUGUAUUUGAUGUGUGUGUGUAUGUGUGUGUGACAGAGUACCAUGACGCUGGAUUUGUGUGGGGUGUUGCAACACAGACGAGCUCCUGCACCUGUGUUACUAAAAAUGACGACACUUCCCUAACCAUUUGCCUCGCGUGCUGCCUCCACACAAAUCGACAGUCAAGGAAAAAAAAAAAGAAUGAAAAAAAAAAACACCGCAUUCUUUCUCUUGGAGUUUUCUCAGAGUUUAUCGUACCUGUCCACUACUCUCAGCCAAACCUUGACGUGGCGCCUCACCCUUGGGAACACGACCCCUUUGGCCCGUAGGUAUUGUCUUGCAACUCUUGGUGAGGGAGGAUCAUGAGGCAACACAUGUAACGUAAUUCCCUUAAGUGACUCCCAAGAAUGAAGGAAAUGCUUUCAGACACGGUUCAUUCACUCAGUCCCGCAUGCAGUGUUCCCUCCAUUGAUUGACACCCGGUGCAACAAGGUUCAGUGAGGCAGCCGAUGCCCACACAGUCUCCGCUGCUUCUUGGUAACAUACAGUCACCAAGUUUACUGUUACGCUGGUGUGUCACGGUCCUCAUUCAGCGAACAGGUUUUCUCAUUGGCUGGCGGGUUCUGCACUGUGGGGUUCCCAUUGGUCAGGGCGCGGGAAGGUUGCCAGUGGGAGCCAGCAGUGUGUCGGCGUCCGGCGUGGUGAAGGAUCAUGUGGAGAACGUAGAGAGUUCAGGGCACGCUCAUAGUGAACGCAGACAAUGGGUGAAGUGUGUCUACGUGAGUGUUGUAGUGCGAGGGAAUGAGGAAGUGAGAAGGCUCAGCACAACCUGUUCAGCUGUCAGUAACUGCGGAAGCCGUGCACUAAAAGUGUGUUGCCUUACCACCCUCACCCUCACCAGUCAGUCAGUCACGGCUGCCACUUCCACCAUCGCCACCGUCCCAGUAACUUCACAGCUGCACUCUACGCCACAGUCGCUCCUCGCUACCACCAUCAUCACCACUUCCCAUCUCUAGCUCUGCCUCCACCAGCAGACCCGCCCGGCUGCCGCCGCGAUGACUGUCAAGUACACCGACAAGUUUGCCAGUAGAGGGGGAUUUGGAUCCUUUUGGAAGCUGUUACUAAGAUGGCGGGGCAGCGUGUACAAGAUGGUGUGGCAAGACAUGCUGGCGUAUCUCCUCCUCUAUUACUUCAUUAACUUAUUGUACCGCUUCGCUCUACCGGAGAAUGAUCAGAGAACCUUCGAAAAACUGGUGGUGCACAUUGCUCGCUUUCGCAACUUCAUCCCGCUGUCCCUGGUGCUCGGAUUCUACGUGUCUCUGGUCGUGAGUCGCUGGUGGGGCGUGUACAACUCCAUCCCGUGGCCAGACAAGGCGGCAAUCAUCGUCGCCACGCAUCUCCCUGGGCAGAGUCCUGAGGUACGGCAAGUGAGGCGGGACAUCCUUCGUUACAUCAAUCUCACCAUCGCCCUCACCUUCCGUAUGGUGUCCCCCGUGGUGGCUCGCAAGCUGUCCUCUCUCCACCACUUCGUCUCCAGCGGCUACCUGACGGAGGAGGAGAAGACGAUCCUGGAAACCCUUGAUGGGGAAUGCAAGCUACACAAGACAUGGGUGCCGGUGCUGUGGGCGUGCGAGAGGGCAGAGCAGGCACGGAAGGACGGGGUGCUGAGUGACUUCGGCCAGAGAGCUAUCAUGAGCGAGGUGCUGACUCUGAGGGGCUACUGUGGCUCCCUCAUGGGCUGGAAUGACUACAACGUGCCUCUCGUCUACACACAGGUGGUGACUCUGGCAGUGUACUUCUUCUUCUUCUUCUCGUUGAUCGGGGAGCAGUUCCUCGACCCGGAGCAAGGUUACGAAGACCACAGCGUUGAUCUCUACAUCCCGUUCUUCGCCUUCCUGCAGUUAUUCUUCUACAUCAGCUGGCUCAAGGUCGCCGAGGCCCUUCUCAAUCCUUUCGGCAGCGAUGACCACGACUUCGAGUUCGUUCCGAUGCUGACACGACACAUGGAGAUGACCAACCUGCUGUCGGAACAAGCUCUGAGUUGCAACCCCAAGAAGGCUCCCAUGGCUUAUCUGGACAUUGAGCCUGCCAAGGUAAACUUCAUGGAUGACGUCUCCUCCACUGGCGAGCCGGAGGACCAGAUACCUCUAGCCAUCUGAGACAGGCUAAGGCCGCCCCUCUGCUGUUGGGGACACUGCUCCAGGGUCGCGCCGCAGCCUGACUGAUGCCGCACUGUACUGAUGGAAUAUUAUUAGAUUUAACUUGGUUGACGUCAGGAGCGGAUAACGAGCGCGACACACUGCUGGCAGGUAUCCUUUUGUUGCGUAAUUCUGUCACUGAUAACGCUGUCCGUAUAACAAAUAUAUUAUGUAGAAUUUACUCUUACGUGAAGUGUAUGCAAUCAAUUGUAGCAGGAUUAGAAAACAUUGAUAAUGAAAAAAUAUACGAGUGCCUUAGCUUUGUGUAGUUCCUCCUCAAUUCUGCAACGUUUUCUGUGAUGUUCACGUCAUCGACAUGCUGGCUCGGGCUGGAGGUUAUGUUUGGGCUGGCCAGCUGAUAAUCACUCUCGUCCCCAGCUGUUCUGUGACAGGUGGCAACGUUGUCUUGGUGGUGCUGCACAGAUCAAGUCUGUACUGUUUCUCUAAUGAACAAAGUUAUCUUCUCUACACUUACACGCGUUGGCAAUGCAAGCCUGUGCAUGUAGGGAGUGUGUGAAGACUUCGUGAUGGUGCUGCCACGUGUUCUCUGGCGAACGUUUUUGUAAUUUGUCCUUUGUCCUGGAUAAGCCUAAACAAAGAGUGUACUACGUCGUGCUACUGCGUAGUACUUUUGUAGUGCGUUAGCAAGUGUAUUGCAUUUAUGCAUAAUACAUGGGUAUGCUCUAGUACACAAACCUAAA